AUGCGUCCAUCGAUAGUAGAUUUGGAAAAAUGGUGCUCCGGGUCCAAGGACCUAGUCGACCUCGUCGAUAGUCUGAGUCUCGGUCCACGGGAAGUCGAUUUGCUCGAAGCCGUCCGGCGCAAACUUCGCGAUUUAGAUGGACACACCAACAUUAGCACCCGGAUCCAAGAGGAUAUCUCAAAACAAGCCCCAUCAUCUAGAAUGACUAGCCCUCGUCGAAAGCUCCAGGAGGUUGCAAGGACAGUAUUUGGGCCAUCGGAACAUGGAGGAAUGGAUUAUCGUCAGGCACUGGAAGGCCUGGCCAUGCUUGAACAGGUCGAAAAACACCGCGUACUUCUUGUCAGGGAUGCAAAACUGGCAGUGAAACCAGGAUUCUCGGAGGGCAAGGACGCAAAGUUGCUCGAGCUGCUGGAUGGCACGGCGACAAAACACUAUGCAGUGCUUCAAUGGGGUUUUCGCGCACAUUGUGUUAGAAACUUUCCACCACAAGGCGACAUGGAGAAUCCCGAUGAAACACGCAUCAUGGCCCAAUUGAAUGCGUUGUCCCCUCCAAAUUUUAUACCUUCUGUUGUAGAUGAAGCCAACUCUCCGCAUUAUACAGAAAGUUUGCAAGAUGGAAUACGACUUCGUAUUUACGAGCAUCUCACAAAGCCAAAUACGACGCCGCAGGCGGAUGACCAGUCUGUUUACGUCAAGUCAUCAUGUAGCGUUCCUGGCUACAGGGUUUUCCGGGACGUUAUGCUCAAGUAUUCCCAAGAAUUCAAGAAGUUGGAGGUUCUGUGCCUCCAUAUUCUCGACCAGAAAGAAAAGCGACGUGCUACGGCAUCGGGUGAUCAAGUUCUUCCGAGGCUGUUGCAUAAUGCUGCGUCAGAGGGAUCAAAGAUUCCUGAAAUCGUUCAAGCGCUAUCAGCUGAUGAUAUUAUUCCGAGGCUGUUGCUUAAAGCUGCAUUAGAGGGAUCAAAUAUUCCUGAAGUCAUUCAAGCACUAUCAGCCGAUCAAGUUCUUUCGGGGCUGUUAGGAAACGUUUCAUCAGAUGCAUUGGAGACCCCUCAAAUUAUUCCAGCAGAAUCUCGUUCUUUGGAUGCAAGGCUUCGCGUACAUCCACUUGCCAUUGUGCCCUUUCACUCGCGUACCGUUGGUUCUGGUUCAAAGAAUCAGCAUACAAGGGAUAGUCUCAUAUCCCCGGCCCUGCACGCACGAUACCUUGAAAACGAUCCCUCCACAAGCGGCCACAACGCUUCGCCAACAUCUCAGGAGGCGCCGACUUCGCCCACUGCCGUCCCCGAUUCGCCGACCUUGGGUCAUGAAAAUGAGGGAUUGGAAUUCAUUGUGGAAGGUAGAGAUGCAAUUCACGAGCAGCAGUCUUUUGAUCUCCUCAAGACAUACAUGAGGAGCAGACGGAAUCGCACACCACAUCCCAGGGACAGAAUAGCUCCAUGUACCAGCGCCCAUCGAUCCGCAGCCAAGGCGUUGGAUUUUGAACAUCCCAAGGUGCACUGGUACAGCUCCAGCUUCGCUUUGAACAAAGCCAAGAGUCACGAGGCGUUCACGUUACUUCCCCAGCCGUCUUCGACCUGCAAUCACGUCAUUCACACCGACUCUCAACCAUAUAUUGGCACACUGCCUCCAAAUUUCAUGUCUAGAAAACCUGCAAGAGGACGCAGCAUGUCGGAGAAAUCUACGGCACUAGCAUUGCAAAUAUUCGACACAACGUCAAGGCUCGCGUCAGUGACAAACAGACGUGACUCUAUCAUCUCCAUCACUCCCCCGCCAAACCGAUCAGAUGACGGGCAAACGCAGUCCUCUACUCCUAAGCCCUCCAGACUUGGUCAUCUAUUCUCGCGUCACAUUCGAAGCGGUUCAUCCGCCAGCAGCACUGCGGAGAUAUAG